AUGGCAGCAGCUAUCACAAACGAGACACUCAAGCAGAUAAAUUUCUGGCGCCAGUAUAGGAAUCCCAACGAUGUACCGCUGUCAAUCCGAGAUGCGGCCAGGAUAUAUCGGACUUUUCCCUACACGCCACCGACUCCUGCGCCGGCCGGCGCACCGCGGAACAUAACGACCGAUCCGAGCCCAGACGACCCGGAUGUCGUUGUUCCUCUGGGUCAGGUCUUUCGGGAUUUCAUCGGGAAGACGAUUGCUGGCAUCCCGGUGGACCCGGCCUACUGGAAGGGGAGGAAGUUCUUGGGGUCUGGGGGUACGGCGAUGGCUGGGCUGUGGGAGUGGGAUGGGCCUCCGGAGAAGAUGCCUGGCUAUACACAGGUUGUCGUUAAAGAACUUCAACCGGGCCAUUACACGGAUGCGAUAUACAACGAGAGCAUCUUCCUCACCGCGACGUAUUACACCGGCUCACAUAUUGUAAAGAUGCUGCACCCGGCCUAUGCUUUGUGCCAGGGCGCAAUGGAAGGGCUGGAUGACGAAUGGGACGGCGUUUACAUCCGGAUGUUCCAGGAGUACUGCUCUCUUGGUUCCUUGGAGCAGCUUCUGAUGCGACGAAUUGACCUACAGAAGCCUUUCAAGGAGACCACGUUGUGGAUUAUCCUCAACUGUCUCGUGGACGGGCUCAUGGCAUUGGAGUUCGGAUCCGAGGACCCAAACCAGCCUUUUGCAGACUGGGUUCCGAUCGUACACCUAGAUCUGAAACCAGAUAACGUCAUGCUGGCUGAGAUUCAGGAUGGGCUACAUAGUCUUCCCAUACUCAAGCUCAUCGAUUUUGGUAGCGCGGGAUUCAUCGACCCGAAUAACCCACCCAGCGAUGAAGACUUGGAGAGAUGGAGGCUCAUGGGCACCGAGGACUACUACACACCGGAACAAUUUACCGAGGAAUGGGACUUCAAAGACUUCAAAGCCUCGAAGAUCGCGGGCGCGUACGGGCCCUGUACCAAUGUGUGGGGUAUCGGUGUCAUCAUGUUCCAACUGCUGACGCUCUCCAACAACCCACCAGACCACAAGCAGCCGUUCCUCCCGCAGAGCUCCGCCGGGAACUCGGACGGGAUCCUCAACGGUGCGCCAGCAGUAGGCAACACCUACGGGAACGACAUGCGCGCGUACUCGUAUAGCAAGAGUCUGGUAGAUACCAUCUUCGAGUGUCUGUAUGAGACGCCCGGCUUGCGCCCUUCGAUCGCAGGUCUGAAGCAGAGGAUUGGGGACGGCUUUGCCCUCUCCAUGCAGCUUCAAGAUCCCAGUAUCUUUGAGCAAUAUGAGGAUUUGGCUAGACCGGAGCCUAUUUGA